UCAGGCAAAGGUUGAGAAACACUCGGUUGUGUUCGGCUGACCUGCCUGUUGACCCUAAUGUGACCUGCCACUCUGAACACUCAAGAUUCUAGCAGUGCCCACGACGUCAGACCACUCGCCAAACUACAGAGUAUGAGAACUGACUGAUAAGCUGGGGACACACAUAAGCAGUGAGGAGGCGAAGUGAGAGGUGAGGGAAGCUUGGUGGUGUGGGCGCGUGUCAUCCUCGUCACCUUGACAACCCUGCCGCCACUCACCACAAACCACGCACCACGUCUCCACUCCCACCGGCGUCACCAACACACAGGAGCCACUACUUAAAACAUCCGCGGUGGCUGUGAAGAGACAGUUGUUAUUGGUAGACAGUGGCACUAUCGGCUCUCCACCACCACUGUUACCACCCCUACUGCCGUCGACAUCAUCACUGUCAUCACUUCACCAACGCUGUUAAAACCUUCAGGAGAACUGGUAGUAAGAUUGCACAGACAAAUGUGAAUGGUGAAUAUUGUGUUUGAUUUAGUGACCUGUGAAAACUAUGCAUUUUACAGGUGGAUCGUGGACUUGAUCCUGUAACAAAAGUGAACCAGAAAAUUAUGUGCUCUCGGGAGUGAACAUUAUAUGAGAGUGGUUGAAGGAACAUGUAAAGAAGUAGAGGAAGAGAAUGGUGGAGGUAGAAGAGUAAGCAAGAAGUAGGAGGAAGAACCGUAGCUCAUGUUGGGGCAGUGUGGGGAGUCUUAGCUGGCAGUUCUCUUACCCCACACACCACCACCACCAUGGAAAAGCUGUUCUUACCUCUUUCACAGCUGCUGCUACUGCUGCUUCAUGGCUGCUCGGGUCUGUGGCUCGGAGAGUGCAACAAGCCGCUGGGGGUGUCGACAGGUGAGCUACUCGACUCUGCCCUCACCGCGUCCUCAGCCCACGACAACAUCGUUGGCCCGCACAGAGCCAGGCUGGGCAUGGAGGGCGGGGGAGGAGCGUGGUGCCCCAGGUCGACGGUGGAUGCGAGACAGAAGGAGUGGCUGGAGGUGGACCUUGGAGCUUCCCGCCUGGUGACGGCCGUCGCUACACAGGGCCGCCAUGCCAACGGCCAGGGCAUGGAGUACACUCCCGCCUACACCCUCACCUACUGGCGCCCGGGGAUGACCUCCUUCACCUACUACUCCGCCAACCCUAGCAACGGCAACAAGUGCGUAUCAGAAACGUGUCCGACCGCUCAAGCGGCUAACACGCCGAUGGGUGGCGAAGAGGAUAGAGGUAAAAGUAAAAUGAACCAUCGUAGACUGAUUUAUGUUCUGUACAAAGAUACACAGAUUUAUAGUCCACCCACUCUGUACAUGAACACCAUAGACAUAAGACAGCAAGAAACGUGUCAAUUUAACCUAGAGCAGAGUCUUAAGUUGUCGGGUAAUAGUAUAUCUGCCAUGUACACCUUAACUACAGGAUUUGUGACUGUAAUAGACCUCAUACGGCCAUCGUCGUAUUUUGAAAUGUUCAUAUCUCAAUCAGCGAUCCUUGGUCUAGUGAUAUUGAGAAGGUGA